AUGUCUUCCAAAGCUUGCAUUUUUCGACGAGCGUUCAGCGCGCUAGCGGUUAAAAAUGAGCUGCCCGUGUAUGAUGUUAUUGUGAUCGGCGGUGGGCAUGCAGGCUGUGAAGCGGCUGCUGCAGCUGCACGAUGCUCAGCCCGGACAUUACUGAUAACACACAGAACGGAUACGAUUGGCGAGAUGUCCUGCAAUCCGAGUUUUGGUGGCGUUGGCAAGGGUCAUUUGGUGCGCGAAGUGGAUGCGCUGGAUGGCCUGUGCGCUCGGAUAUGCGAUCAGUCGGCCAUCAAUUAUCACGCGCUUAACACCUCGCACGGUCUAGCAGUAAUUGGCCUUCGAGCGCAGAUUGACCGCAAACUCUACAAGAAACAUAUGCAACAGGUUUCUUUAGAAAAAAAAGAAAAUCCCUAUGGACCGGAGCAACUUUAG